AUGGAUGCGACGACUAUAUAUGAUCUAUAUGACCUGGCUGAGCUGGGGCUGGGAGGUGCUGCCCCUACCAUCAAAGGCUUACCCCAAAGGAUAGACGAGCUUCGGCUUUCGGGCUGUUCUCAAAAGGUGGCAUGGUCAAAGCUUGGGGCAAUUGCGUAUGUCUCACCAGAUGGCCAGAAAGUCCUGCUACGUUACCUUCACUGUAGCCCUAUUGAUGGCAAAUGGACCUUGAGUGAAGAAUCCCCCAUUAACCAGAUUGCUGAUAUCCAUGGCGGCCAUGCCAUGGUCCAUCUUCUCUGGAACGAAAGCGGUUCUGAGCUGGCCAUCGUGGAUAGCUGUGGUCGCAUUUCGGUUGUCACCAUAAUGAUGGCGCUGAAUACUGUUAAUCCGACGCGUCAGGCCUCGAUGGAUGCUGACGAUGACUGGUCGCAGCCUGUUGGCUUGAUGUGGUUAAACCUGAACCGGCCGCUUUUUGGUUUUCACAAAGCGACACGGGCGAAUGAUAGGUGGAACUAUCCGGCGUACCGACGACGUCCUUUGGGGCCGCUGCAUCCUGCAAAUAAGCCAGGCCUCGUUGUGGUGACUAAAUCUGGUCAUAUCAAACUUAUAUAUCAGAAUCCUGACUCAAGGUGGGCGGAGAUAUCCACGGAAUUGAAAGCGGUUGGAUAUCUUGAUGGGCUACUGACACAUGCUGCUCUGGCGCCGGCUGAGGGAAAUGGAAUUUCUAUUGCCGCCUACUCAACAUAUGGGAAAUUAUAUUUUUACCGGAUUCAGGUCAAAUGGGAUCCUCCGGAAUGGGAUCUAACCAUGAAACCAGGAGGUGGCCCAGUUGCGUUUCCAACCCCCGCUUUCCAGAUCCUGCAUACCAAGACUGAAAUCCUCAGUGCCAUUUUUCACCCGCAAGCCCAUGACGUGGAUUAUAUCACGGGCUUCCCAUCCCCGAAUGGUUCAAUAUACAACCUUACCCAUCUUGAGAUAAUCACCGCACCUCAAGCCGUUCCCGGCACACAGGCUGCUACGGGCCCCUGCAUCAUAGCUGUUGCAUCCAUUCCAGCCCAGAGUCAACUUGGUCAACCACCUCCCUCUGGACCCUCGAGUAUCCUUGUUCGCUGGCAAUUGGACACAAUGGCCCAGUCCCUGCACCCAAAUUUCGAUAAUGUGGUGUCGAAGAACACGGCCUCUAGCCCCAAGCCUAAAAUAAUCUUCAGAAAACUAGACGACAUAUAUUUCGAUAGAUAUGUUGUCUCGAUCGACUACAUGGAAGCUGGCAGCGUACUUGCCAUUACACAAGAUGAUAGCUCCAUAUCAUUUUUCGAGGCUAGAUCCAUGAGGCCGAUUACUGAGAAUGAAGACGAUAACAUUGUGACAAGCAUGCCUAAUGCCGGAUUCACCUUUCCGAUCGACGCGUCAGCUGCAUUGGCAUUAGGCUAUGUUCGGGCGUGUGGGAGCGAUGCCAGUGCGGAUGAUAUCCUUACAGUCAUUGUGCGGCAGCUCAACCCGGGCGCAGAAACUUUCGUCACCGAAGUAUAUUCGAUCUUAUUCAUGAGCGUCGACUUUACCGAGCACGACAAGCUCGUAAACCACCAAUCCAUCCAAAAGGGACUUACCAUGCAAGCCAUGCUUGGCUUCAGAUCCCGGUUCCAGCCACGAACUUCUUCCUCUGCUGUGUCAUGGAUCAUAUUAAACAUUCGACAGAUCAUGGUGCUACUUUUGACAUUUUCGCAUUAUCUCAAGAGUGGCAGGGAUUUCACCCCUUCUGAGCCAGAAGCUCUCCAUAUGAUUCUGGGGAACAUCAAGUGGAUCCUUGAUCUUGCAAAAUAUUUGGUUAACGACCUUUUCGAAAUUGAGGAUACGAUCCCUCCUGAUCGAAAUCUAUUUUCUUUACCAAGCAAAACAUACGAAUCGCCCUCCCUCAUCCUAGUUCUCUCCAGCGUCCCACGCUCUUUCCUCCGCCAUAUAUUCCGCUACCUUAGCCGUUUCCCUUUAGCAUUCAAAGCCGCCAGUAACCUGAGUGGCGAGUCCUACCAGCUCUUCGCCAGCAUCAACAAUACCAUCGAGCAAUCCUCCCUAAAACCCGAUGUCUGUGAGAAAAUGCUCACGCACAUCGACAGCCUAGUCACCCGUUCCUACGAGGCUGCCGGGUUUGGAAACGCGGAACGAAACGCACCAGAGCGCGAGAUGCUAAUCACAUGCAGCAUCCCGCCGGUACUCCAGCCGGCUGUUAUGUCGAUUUUGACAGAGACAAUGCCGUUGAUAGUGCGAUCGGAGGUGGACAGGAUGGCAUUGGCUUUGUAUGACUACAGUUGGCUUGGGAUAGGGGAUGACAAGCGUACAGAGCUGUUUAAGCGGACACACGAUGUGGAUAUUUUGAAGAAGAAUGUGAAUAAGUUGCCGGAUCCGACGGUGGCGAAGAGGAGAUGUGUACGCUGCUGUGAGGUUUCAGAGGAUACCUGGUUGCCCCGGUCGGCUUCUAUGUAUAGAUUGAUUGGGAAGAUUGGGGUUCUUAGGACGUGUGUUUGCGGCGGCACAUUUGCGAUGGAGAAUGUGGAAGCUUUGGAUCGGCUGCCUCUUCCGGUGUAUAGGUAA